UCUUGCUGCUGCCAGGUCCAGAGUCUCUCAUGGGUCCCUGUACGGCCUCCCAUUGCUGCUGUCUCCAUCGCCACACUCUGCCUAUGUGCCACUUUCAGGUCUCCUCACACUGCUGGUGUGUUCCAUUUUUUUUGUCAUAGGGUGUUGCUGGCAGAUUACGGGCCUCCCAUAGCUGCUGCCAGGCCCCUAAUCAGCCAAUGGCCCCUGUUACCACCAUCCUCAUGCUGCUGCCAGGUCCAGAGUCUCUCAUGGGUCCCUGUACGGCCUACCUCAUUGCUGCUGUCUCCAUCGCCACCUCUCUGCCAUGUGCCUCUUUCAGGUCUCCUCACUCUGCUGGUGUGUUCCAUUUUU